GUCGGAAAGAGGGUGGGUACAAUGUGCCAGGGAGGUGCUGCCUCUGCUGAGCUGGGAAUAGGGGUGAUUUUGAGCACCCCGUUGUCCGAGCGGUGGGAGGAGCGGGGUAUCAGGCAGGCAUAGGAAGGGAUGAUGGAAGUGAGGAGGACCGGCUUUGGUAUCCCGAUCACCGGCUGCCACAGCUGCUUCGGUAGUAUAGUUGCAUCUUCGGGGUUUAAGCUACAGCUCUGACCGACACAGGACACAUCAGAGAAGACAACAGUAGACCUUUCCAGGUGGCACAGGGACCAUUGAAGAGGUGGGGGGUGAUGCUCACCAUUCCAGAGGUACAGUGUGGGGACCAGGGACAGGAUGGCACUUAUCAUCCUCAGGUGAUAUAGACCAACUCUGGGGGAUAAAAAAUGAAAUCCAUUUGAACAUAUUAUGCAUUUCUUUAUAAUACAAUCUUCAACAGGAGUUAAAGAGAUCAUUCCAAUUACAGAUGCCAAUAGACCGCCAAUCAAGGGGUAGUAAACGAAGUGCGUGGACUAUCCAAUUUUAUAUAUAAUAAGCGCAAGCAAUCCGCCACUCUGUACAUUAGAAGAGGGAAGCGUUAGAAAGCCCACCUAAAAUCAGCCAACGGGAGGAGAAGAGGGCCCUGCCCAAGCAAGCUUCCAUUCUAAGAGACAUCAGGAUUCCAGGAGAGACCGCACGCUCAGCUGGAGACGGCCUGUGAGAGGAAGAGAUGGCCAGAGAGGCCCAGCUUGCUGAGAUCAAGUGCUGUUAAUCUACACAUGUUCUAGUUUAAAUGAACUGUGACUGUUACAAGUGGAAUCCUGAUUUCUUGUCCUACGUCACCACCUAUCACAGUGUGGCCUGCUUCAAAGGAUCUUUCUGCCUGUAAAAGAUGCCCAGACCUAGGCACUUCACUUAGCCUUCAGGUGAAUGAUGACCUCUACAACAUCAUCACUGAGAUAAAAUACGUGGAUCUGCUCCUGCCACGUGUCCACGUCCCACCUGUCUGACUUGAUUGGUUUUGUGCGUGUUAUUACUGGCAUUUCCCCCCCUUCCCUGGUGCCUUUUUAUAUAUUUUUUUUUUCUGGUGUGUGUUUUUGUAACCUCAAACUUUCAAGAUGAUGUGUGAAGUUAUGCCCACCAUAAAUGAGGACAACCGUCGGGGGUCCACUUACGGAUCUGACGAUGCUAACUUUGAACAACUUAUGGUCAACAUGUUAAAUGAGAGGGAACGACUUCUGGAGACUCUCCGGGAGACACAGGAGAGCUUGGCCACAGCACAGCUGCGCUUACGGGAAUUGGGUCAUGAAAAAGAGUCACUUCAGAGACAACUUAACAUCGCCCUUCCACAGGAGUUUGCGGCACUCACUAAAGAGUUGAAUCUAUGUCGCGAGCAGCUUCUUGAGCGGGAGGAAGAGAUUGCUGAACUUAAGGCAGAGAGGAACAACACUCGGUUGCUUUUGGAGCAUUUGGAGUGCUUGGUUUCACGUCAUGAACGUUCUCUGAGGAUGACCGUUGUAAAAAGACAGGCACAAUCGCCAGCUGGGGUCUCCAGUGAAGUCGAGGUGUUAAAGGCUUUAAAGUCCCUGUUUGAGCAUCACAAAGCCCUUGAUGAAAAGGUACGAGAGCGCCUCCGUGUGGCACUCGAAAGAGUUGCAGUGUUAGAGGAGGAGUUGGAUAUGUCCAGUCAAGAGUCACUAUCCCUUCGAGAGCAACUUGCCAGGAGGAGAUCGGGGAUUGAUGAUGGCAAUAAAGAUGGAGACUCACAGAGCUCUGCUGUCAUCAAUGGCUCUACUCACCUGGAACUGAGAGGUGGACGAGAGUCAGAACUGGAGGAGUUGGUAGAGAAGCAGAGGUUAGAGCUGUGUCAGCUCAAGGAGCGUUUAACCAUGAUGUGCCGCCAAAUGUCCGAACUUGAGGAGGAGCUAAACACAGCACAAAAAGAUCUUAUAAAGUCUGAGGAGGUCUGUUCCAAACUGCAGCGUGAUGUGAAAGAGGCUCUAGCACAACGGGAGGAUAUGGAGGAGCGGAUCACCACGUUGGAGAAACGCUAUCUGAGCGCACAAAGAGAAGCCACAUCACUUCACGAUGUCAACGACAAGCUGGAAAAUGAACUUGCCAGUAAAGAUUCUCUCUACAGACAGAGUGAAGAGAAGAACCGGCAGCUGACGGAGUGGCUAGAGGACGCCAAACAGAAAUUACAGCAGACCCUGCAGAAAGCAGAGACUCUCCCAGAGAUUGAAGCUCAGUUGGCACAGCGAGUGGCAGCUCUCAGCAAGGCUGAAGAGCGGCAUGGAAAUUUUGAAGAGAGGCUCCGCCAGCUGGAAGCACAGCUGGAAGAAAAGAACCAGGAACUGCAAAGAGCUCGUCAAAGAGAAAGAAUGAACGAUGAGCACAACAAACGCCUGUCUGAGACAGUUGAUAAACUCCUGUCUGAAUCAAAUGAGAGGUUGCAGCUGCAUCUUAAGGAGAGAAUGGGUGCCCUGGAAGAGAAGAACACGCUCUCGGAAGAGAUAGCUAACAUGAAGAAGCUUCAGGAGGAACUUCUUCUGAGCAAGGAGCAACUAAUGUCUGAGAUUGAACGCAUGCAGUUAGAGAUAGACCAGCUACGGGGUCGACCCUCAUCUACCUACUCAAGGUCUCUCCCUGGCAGUGCACUAGAACUACGUUAUUCCCAGGCCCCAACCCUGCCCAUAGGGAGCCACAUGGACCACUACAACAGCACAUCUGUAAUAAGGCGGCCCAAAAAAGGGCGCUGGACAGCUAUGAAGGAUGAUCCAACCAAGAUUCAAACCCUGGAUGAGAAGGACUGGGAGCGAGCUCAGCAGGCCAAUGUGCUUGCCAAUGUUGCACAAGCAUUUGAAGGUGACUUGGAUGGCUCUGAUGAAGAUGACAGAGAGACCAUAUUCAGCUCAGCGGACCUUCUGUCUCCAAGCGGCCAGACAGAUGUGCAGACCCUUGCUAUCAUGUUACAGGAACAGUUGGAGGCAAUCAACAAAGAAAUCAAGCUUAUACAGGAAGAGAAGGAGACUACUGAGUUGCGCGCAGAGGAGAUAGAGAGCAGGGUUACUAGUGGCACUCUUGAUGGAUCUCUGGGACGUUACCGCUCAGCUAGUUCUAUUCCAACUUCUGUCACCACUUCUACUCUGGCCAGCCCCUCUCCACCCAGUAGUGGACACUCCACCCCACGCAUUACCCCCCAUAGUCCAGCUCGAGAGGGCGAGAAAUUUAAUCAUGUUCCUAAAGAAGAAAGCAGGGAUGAGAAAGCUUUGAUGCAGAGCGAGACCACACCUCCUUUAACACCACGGGCUGUACGACUAGAAAGGAUGACACAGGCUCUUGCUCUUCAGGCUAACUCUUUAGAAGAUGGAAGAGAAUCUCGGGCAAGCUUGGGAGCUGAAGGUCUGGGUGGCACCAACAGUACAAGCCAGGACUCCCUUCAUAAAGCUGCUAAAAAAAAGAGCAUAAAGUCCUCCAUUGGGCGCCUGUUUGGAAAGAAAGAGAAGGGGCGCAUGGGACAGAUGGGACGAGAAUCCUCUUCUUUAGCCGGUACCCCCUCUGAAGAGACAUCCCCAGCUGAUCCUAUGGGCCUGUCUAAAUUAGCUGGACCUGUGGACAAAGACCGCAGGAACAAGAAAAAACAUGAACUCUUGGAAGAAGCCUGUCGACAAGGCCUUCCGUUUGCUGCUUGGGAUGGACCUACUGUUGUUUCUUGGCUGGAGCUCUGGGUAGGUAUGCCAGCCUGGUAUGUUGCUGCUUGUCGUGCUAAUGUGAAAAGUGGCGCUAUCAUGGCCAACUUGUCUGAUACAGAAAUUCAGCGUGAGAUUGGUAUAAGCAACCCUCUCCACCGACUGAAACUGCGCCUUGCCAUCCAGGAAAUGGUUUCUCUUACAAGUCCAUCUGCUCCAGCCACGUCACGCACGUCAACAGGCAAUGUCUGGAUGACUCAUGAAGAGAUGGAAACAUUAACGGCAACAACCAAACCUGAGACUAAGGAAAUCAGCUGGGAACAGAUCCUGGCAUACGGUGACAUGAAUCAUGAAUGGGUGGGUAAUGACUGGCUACCUAGUCUCGGAUUACCCCAGUAUCGCAGCUACUUUAUGGAGUCCUUAGUGGAUGCCAGAAUGUUAGACCACUUGAACAAAAAAGAGCUUCGAGGACAACUUAAAAUGGUAGAUAGCUUUCACAGGGUUAGCCUUCAUUAUGGUAUAAUGUGCCUGAAAAGACUGAACUAUGACAGGAAGGAUCUGGAGAGUAGGAGAGAGGAAAGCCAAAAUCAAAUUAAAGAUGUCAUGGUCUGGUCCAAUGAACGGGUAAUGUGCUGGGUUCAGUCUAUAGGACUGAAGGAAUAUGCUAAUAACUUGCAUGAGAGUGGAGUACAUGGAGCCCUUAUUGCGUUAGAUGACACAUUUGACUUUAAUGAUCUAGGGUUGCUGCUACAGAUCCCAACGCAGAACACACAGGCUCGACAAGUGUUGGAAAAGGAGUUCAGUAGUAUCAUUUCGAUGGGGACAGAGCGACGACUGGAUGAGGAUAGUGCCAAGACAUUCAGUCGCUCUCCUUCUUGGAGGAAGAUGUUCCGUGAGAAGGACCUUAGAGGAGUGAGUCCAGACUCUGCUGAAAUGUUACCAGCAAACUUCCGGACUGCCGCUGUCUCCUCUAUUACCUCACCUGCUGUGCAACUACGCAAGAUGCAGUCUGAAGGAAGUCCCUCCAGCAGCCAGCGAGCAGACAAUGUCUCAGUGAGAACCUAUUCCUGUUAAUACCGUAAUAAUGCGGCAACAUUAUUGGGGCAAUAAGUUUACUGAGGGCACUUUUUGACAUUUUGACGCCAAAUGGGCUUGAUGAAUAUGAUUUUAGUCAAGGGCACUUCUUGCUCACCAUGAUGCUGCUGCCUGUGCCAUGUUGUGGAAUAGUGAAAAGACACAUGGAGACUUUAUAAA